AUAAAGAUGAGUCACUCCAAAAACCAAGAUCAUGACCCAAGUCAACCACUCUCUCUCAUCAUUCAGACACAGUACUCGACUUUAAAGACACUCUUUAAGACUUUCCAUCAGGACCAAGCUGAGAAAGAGAAAGCAAUAAAGAAAGAAAGAAACUAAAGAAAAUAAAGCUUCAAUACCAAACCUUCUUUAAUAAAUUUUGCCUUUUGGUUGUCUCCUCUUUAUCAAUCACUUUGGUUCCAGACUUUUAAAAUCAGUUCAUCACGAUAUCUAGAUAUGUCUUUGACAAUGGCUGAUGGUGUAGAAGCUCCAGGAGGAAGAAGUAAAAGACAAAACAGCUUAUUAAGAAAACAACUUGCUUUAGCUGUAAGAAGUGUUCAAUGGAGCUACGCAAUCUUCUGGUCGUCUUCACUUACUCAACCUGGGGUUGUGGAGUGGGGAGAAGGAUGUUACAAUGGUGAUAUGAAGAAGAGGAAGAAGAGUUACGAAUCUCAUUAUAAAUAUGGUUUGCAGAGAAGCAAGCAGCUUCGGAAACUUUAUUUGUCUAUGCUUGAAGGAGAUAAUGGUACUACUACUGUUAGUACUACUCAUGAUGAUCACAAUGAUGAUGAUGAUGAUAAUUGUCGUCACAGUACAAGUAUGAUGCUGUCACCAGAUGACCUCUCUGAUGAAGAGUGGUACUAUUUAGUCUCCAUGUCCUAUGUCUUCUCUCCUUCUCAAUGUUUGCCUGGACGAGCUUCAGCGACGGGUGAGACCAUAUGGCUCUGCAAUGCUCAAUACGCGGAGAACAAGCUCUUCUCCCGUUCUUUGUUAGCAAGAAGCGCAUCGAUUCAGACUGUUGUGUGUUUCCCUUACUUGGGCGGUGUGAUUGAGCUGGGCGUCACUGAAUUGAUUUCGGAAGAUCAUAGUCUGCUUCAACACGUAAAAUCUUGCUUGUUGGAAAUUUCUGCACACCAAGACAACGAUGAUGAGAAGAAAAUGGGAAUUAAGAUCAUUGAAGAGAAGCAUCAGAUUCCAUUAGGUAUUUCUGAUGAAGACUUACAUUACAAAAGAACCAUUUCAACAGUACUCAACUACGCCGCGGAUAGGUCCAGUAAGAACAUCCAUCACCGUCAACCAAGUACGGUUUCUUCUGAUUCUGGCUCCAGUUUCUUGCGGUGGAAGCAAUGUGAGCAGCCAGACUCGGGUUUUGUUCAGAAAAAACAGUCACAUAAUGUUUUGCGGAAGAUAUUGCAUGAUGUUCCAUUGAUGCACACAAAGAGGAUGUUCCCAAGUCAGAAAUCUGGUCUGAAUCAAGAUGAUCCUUCGGAUACAAGAAAAGAGAACGAAAAGUUCAGUGUCCUUAGAACUAUGGUUCCCACUGUCAACGAGGUUGAUAAAGAAUCGAUACUGAAUAACACAAUCAAGUACUUGCAAGAACUGGAGGCAAGAGUAGAAGAGCUAGAAUCAUGUAUGGGAUCAGUUAACUUCGUAGAAAGACAAAGAAAGACGCCGGAGAACCUUAACGACUCUGUGUUGAUCGAAGAGACAUCAGGAAACUACGAUGAUAGCACGAAGAUCGAUGGUAAUUCAGGAGAAACCGAACAAGUCACUGUUUCCAGAGAUAAGACACAUUUGAGAGUUAAACUCAAAGAAACAGAAGUUGUGAUCGAAGUAAGAUGUUCUUACAGAGACUACAUAGUUGCAGACAUCAUGGAAACUCUGAGCAAUCUUCACAUGGAUGCUUUCUCUGUUAGAUCUCACACACUUAAUAAGUUCCUCACAUUGAAUCUCAAGGCCAAGUUUCGUGGGGCUGCAGUUGCGUCCGUAGGAAUGAUCAAGCGAGAGCUGAGAAGAGUCGUUGGUGAUUUGUUUUAAUGUUCUUCUUAGUAAAAAUCUUAUUGAUCUUAAACUUUUGAUGAAAUGUUAUAUUUAUUUAGACUUUCUUGAACCUAUAUGCAAUGUGCCAUUAACUUUACAUCAAGCUUUCCGGGUUUUUGUAUGUAAAGUUGGCGAAGAUUUGGUUGGAAUUUUCGACAUUUAUCUCU